AUGAAGAAGCGCCAAGUGGUGGUGAAACAGGACAGUUCGGGGAGGAGCUCGAGCACUUCGUCUUCCAUGGUGAGAACUGUGAGGUAUGGUGAGUGCCAGAAGAACCAUGCUGCAAAUUUAGGAGGGUAUGCUGUGGAUGGGUGCAGAGAAUUCAUGGCAAGUGGUGAGGAGGGGACAACUGAGGCUCUUACAUGCGCUGCUUGUGGCUGCCACAGGAAUUUUCACAGAAGAGAAGUGGAAACUGAGAAAACUGUUCGUCGGGUUUUGAACACUGCGAUGCCCCUGGCGGCUAGCAGGCUGUACGUCGACAGCUAG